AUGAAAUUGAAUAUUGUGAAAAUACUAAUAAUCACGUUCUGUGUCAGUGAGAUCUACGCACAAAAUGCACAGGAUUGUAAAGAAGUUAUUGCAACGACAGAAGUUCAGAAGUUCAUUGUAUUGAGCAGUGGCACGGGUUGUCAGUACCGUGUGAAAUCGGAAUCCGGUAAAGCGGUUAAGGUGUUUGUCAAUGCGACGAGUGGAACCAAAUGUGUGAAGGUGUCCACUGAUGGGAAAUCGGAGACGCUGUGUCCAUCAGGUCCAACGAACCAAUUGACAUCCAGCCCACCAAUUGACGUGAGUGCGGUUUCUGACACGACUAGUUCAGAUGCGACAACCGCACCUACGAUAGAAGCGACGACGAAAGCUACGGCAGCACCUCUACCACCAGCAAAACCAGAGACUGGAGGAGGAGAUCAAGAAUCGGAGAAUUCGGAAUCAUCAGAUAAACAAGAAGGGGAUGUCAGUUUAAAAAAAGAAUCAGUAAAGAAAGCAAACGAGAAGGAGACUGGUUCGAGCAGUGGUGCGGGAGUUGAGAAAAAGUUGAAUGAACAAGACCAACAAGAAGAUGAACAAGAAAAAUCCCCAGUGAAGCCAGAAAAAGAUGAUGUUCAACUUAUCAGACUAGCCAGAGAUACUUCUAAUGACGUAACCGUAUAUUAUGUAUUGGACGGCGUGUCGAAAUCGAAUCCAUCAAUGAUCCUACUCCCGGGACUCAUUGCUUUUCUGAUCCUCAGCAAUCUAUAG